GAGCCAGUUCGCAGGUUUAGUGUGCAUAGAAAGCUGAAGAUUUAUUUUCACUCCGGAGAAGAAGAAGGGAUUACCCGCUAUGAGUAAACAGAGUGGGUACAGUGAGUAAGUGCGCGCGCCCGAAAAUCACCCGCCUCCGAUUCAGAUAGGAGGUGAAAAGGCAAGAGACUGGUGAGAGCUUUGGGGGGCCGGCGGCAAGGGACGAGGGAGGCUCCAUAUAGAGGUAAAGCCGUUCCCUCGCUCGUGGGAACGGCUUUACCUCCGUUUCAGUGAGGCUCUCGCGCCUGUCAAAAUCUUGCUGAAGAGACUUUGAGAAAGCAUCAACAACCUCAUGGUGGGAGGCCUCGCGUGCGGCUUUGGGUUUCUGGCGACAGAAAAGUCCUGUGAACCUCCCUCACAGCUCCGAUCCUUUCACAGCCGCUGAAAACACCGCCGAAACACGCGAGUCCCUGCGGGUGUCCUCCCCUUUCAUAAUAUCUUGGUCAGAUCUCGCUCCAGAUUUCCAGAGAGAAGGCGCGAAAGUAGGAGGCGGGUUUGGUCAAAGGGUAGAAAGGGGGCCGUUACCGGCAGCAGCAUAGCAGCCACCGGGUAGGACUCGCACGAGGGUCCGGCGAUGAUCCGAACAGUCCCGUCCAGAGACCCGAGCAACUUUCCACCGUGGCGGCCAGACCAGGCUUCCUCUCAACCGGAACGCGCGCGCACCUGGCCUGCCUGACGCGGCGGUGGAAAGGCGGUGCGCCCCACCUCCGCGCCAGGUACCCGGUGCGCGGGUUAGGCGCGGAGCGCUGCGCUGACGAAUCCGGGUUGAGCUCGCUCUGGGCAGGGCUAAGCUGCGGUAGCAGCUGAGGAGGACCUCGCCACCUGCCGCCCGCAGCCCGCGCUCCCCGGCCCUGGAGAGUAGAGCGCGGCGAAGCCCGAGGUGAGAAGGCCCCUCCUCCUUGCCGCAGCUCCUCCUCCUCCUCAGUUGGUGAUCGCUGUGCAUCUGUCUCUAGCAAACCUGAUCUAUCCCCGCGCUCGCUCCUGCCCGAUGGCGCUGCCGAACCAAGCCCCGGCGAAGAGCAGGAACCCGAGGCGGCAGCUCAUUGUGGAAACUGAAGAAUUAGUGCUUCUUAACCAAUCACUCUGAAGCUUUGAUUCUUCCCUGGGGCCUCUCAAGUUUUCUUGUUUGGAUAAUUUCUUUCUGCAAGGUUUGGUCUUUUUUCCGAUUCAGCCAUGACGACCUCUGCCUUGCGUCGACAGGUGAAAAACAUUGUGCACAAUUAUUCUGAAGCAGAAAUCAAAGUGCGUGAGGCCACCUCCAAUGACCCCUGGGGACCCCCCAGCUCCUUAAUGUCUGAGAUUGCUGACCUGACCUUCAACACAGUGGCUUUUGCAGAGGUCAUGGGUAUGAUCUGGAGACGAUUGAAUGACAGUGGCAAGAACUGGCGUCAUGUCUACAAGGCCCUGACUCUUCUGGACUACCUCAUUAAAACAGGCUCAGAGAAGGUGGCUCAUCAGUGCCGGGAGAAUCUGUAUACCAUUCAAACUUUAAAGGAGUUCCAGUACAUAGACCGUGAUGGCAAAGAUCAAGGCAUCAAUGUUCGUGAAAAGGUGAAGCAGGUGAUGAGCCUGCUGAAGGAUGAAGACAGACUGAAGCAGGAAAGAGCCUACGCCUUGAAAACCAAAGAGCGGAUGUCCAGUGAAGGGAUGGGCAUUAGCAGCAGCAAUAGCAACAGCCACCAGCUUGCCUAUGGACGGCGGGCAUCACAAUAUGGCGAUGACUACAGCCGAUCAAGAGGUUCACCAUCCUCCUUUAAUUCUUCUUCAUCAUCACCUCGGUUCAGCUCUGACCUGGAGCAGGCGAGGCCACAGACUACCGGUGAAGAGGAACUCCAGCUCCAGCUUGCCCUGGCAAUGAGUCGAGAAGAAGCAGAAAAGCAGCCACUUCCUCCAGUCUCCAGCACAGAUGAAGAUUUGCAAUUACAGAUAGCGCUUACCCUGAGCAAACAAGAGCAUGAGAAGGAAGUUAGGGCAUGGAAAGGAGAAAAUUCUCUACUACAAAAGGCACUGGAAGAAAGUAACCUGGGUGUUGAGGAAGUUGAAGAAGAUGAUAAGGAAAAGAAAACACAGUCUUCUGUGUUGGAGCUGGCAGACAUUUUUGGACCAGCACCAGUCACCUCUACCCAUACUUCUGCUGACCCAUGGGAUAUUCCAGGUGGGGGCACUGUUCGAUCUGUUGACACAGACUUCUCUCCUCCAGCUCUAUCCUUGCCCAGUUCUUGGGACCACAAUAAUACCAAAUCUCCUGUAGAAUCAACAGGAACAUCCUGGGGUCCUGCUGCAGACCCUUGGGUGCCAUUACCUUCGGAGGAUCCUCUGACUCACUCUUCUGCCAGUCAAGCUUCUUCCAGCCCCUGGAAUCUUCCUCCCGUCUCUUCUGCCUCUGAUCCAUGGGGGAUAAAAUCAUUGCCUUCAGGUGUGUCAUCGACAGAUCCCUGGGGAAAACAGUCACCACCUGCUCCACUCUCUGCAAGUGUCACUUCUGCUGCUGAUCCUUGGGGAGGUUCUACUGACAAUUCUUCUGCCCCUGACAAUAGUACAUUUGACUUAUUUGCAAAAUUACCUGAAUCUGUGGAUCAACCAGAACAUGAAAGUUCUCAGGCUCCAUCAUCUGUGAAAGCCAACAGCUCUGGAGAUGUGGAUCUGUUUGGUGACCUUAUUCCAAGCACCGCUGAGAAUGGAAUUCAAAAUAAAGAUAUUUUUGAUAUUGCAAGUUUAGGAGAUUCUUUACCUGAUUCAAAGGAGAAGGAUAACAAAACACCAGAGACCUUUCUUGGCCCCAACGCCUCUUCCUUGGUUAACUUGGACUCCUUGGUUACAGUCCCCCAGAGCAUGAAGUCACGUAAUCCAUUUCUGGCAGGACUCAGUGCCCCUUCACCUACCAAUCCAUUUAAUGUCGAUCAGCCCAAACCAACUCUCAAUCAGAUGCGGACCAACUCCCCAGUGCCUAGUGUUCCUAUGGGGAUGCCAAUGAACUCUAUGACCUAUAGUGCUUCUCUCCCUCUUCCACUCAGUAGCAUCCCCUCAACGAUGACCCUCCCAGCCUCUGUGAGUGCCUUCCCUCAGGCUGGAGCAGGGCCUUUCCCAGAGUUACCUAGCAAUUUGCCUCAACCUCUCCUACCACUCUCUGGCUCGGUCCCAUCACCAUUAGCUUCACAAAGCGGUAUGAACCCUUUUCUCUGAGAAGACUUGAUUGGUAACAUAUGAUGUAUCCCUUACUUCUUUACCAACCGUUAUGGAGGAUCUCCCAUGCAAAGCACAUUUGUUUUGAAGCAAGUAUCUCCCUGGAAGUUCUGAUCAAAGAGACUCCGCAUGAAUCUCCUUGCUCAAUGAGAUAUUGUACAAAAAACCAACAACAACCGUCCCAUCAGGCUGAACAUAGCCUAUAGUCUGCUACUGAUGGUAGUUGGGACCUCAGCUGACAUCGUUUUGAUGGAUUAAAAAGGAGGUUGAAGGGCAGUUUCAAGAAAAGGCAUUUCUUUUUCUAAGGAUCUUUGCUCUCCCGCUUUUAUGUUGGCACAAAUAGUGACUAAAUUGAACAAAACAGAACAAAAACUCAAGAUUACUUCUUUAAUGUGAAGGAAAGAAAUUAUUUUAUAGUUUGCAUGGAAAUACACAAAUAAUUGCCAAGGCUUACAGCUCUACUUCCUGCAUGGCAGGAGCAUAGUCUCAUUCCUGGGAAUCUUGACAGUUCAGCAAAUGCCAUAUGCAAGGGGAGAAGAUCUGAUUUUUUUUUUUUUUUGCUACAGUCACUUUUACUGGGUUGCCUAAAGGAAACCUCUUCUGUUUCCUGCUAUUUCCACUCAGUCGCAUUUUCAUCAAUGGUCUUCUAGCACAUUCUAGCUUGUGAGCUUUGGAUACUCUGAAAUUUAGCAAGGGACCAGUAUGAAGGUAGGAGUUUCAUAGAAGGAAAUAAUAAUAUAUUUUUUAAAAAGGGCAAUCAAAUUCAAUGCCUGCACUGUGUGGAUACAGUGGCAAGAAUGUUGAUCCAUGAAAGGAAUGGAGAAUAGAGUUAUAAACUCCAACUCUCUAGAAAUACCUGGCCAAACGCCGGCUUCUAAAUCAAAUGUCUCAAAAAGAAAAGAAAAGAAAAAAGAAAAGGUCCCAAUCCCAGGCAUUCCAAAUUCUGAAGAUGCUGUCACACUUUAUGUUAAGAGCUGAUAGUUCUUCCUGUUCCUAUUUGCUACUGUACUACUGUUGUAUUUAAUAUAUCACUGCUGUUCUGCUUCUGAUAGCUUUGAUCCAAAGACUUUUCUUUGUCAACUUCUCCAUAUUUAUAUAGCAACAUAAUGGAUGUUCUGAUUUUCACUUUGGAUGGUCCCUUAGUUACAAAGCUGAUCACAGACUUUUUUUUUCUUAGUGCCUGCUUCUCAGUCUCAAAUCCAGUCUGCAAAACGGUGGAACUCAGCAACAUCAAACCCAGUCCAGAACACUUGAAUGAACUUUGCGAAGUGCAUGAGAAAGUUUGGACUAUCUUGCAUGAUGGCAAAGGGCUUUGUUAAUGUGUUUGGGAACUCUAUCCAUGAGAACCUUAAUAUUGGGCUUGAUGGCCUAGAUGCCUUUCAUUCAAGCUUAGAGUUGCUUUGAAAACAUUGGUAUUUUCUUUCAGAUAGGUUUCUUUCAGUGAACCUCUCCCCCGCCCAAGGUCCUCCUAGGAUUAUUAUUGAAUGAAUGUGGUAUAAACCAGAAUGCUAGAAUACUGGUGGUAACAGCAUAAGCAUCCCAGAUACCAGCUGUGUCUUAAUUGACAAUUUCACUCAGCAUGCCAAUACAAGUUACAUCCGCAGGGUCUGAUGACUGUGGAGCGCUGAUUCAGCUGCAAUGGGAGAGAAAUCAGGGCCACCCACAGAGAGCAAUGCAGGACAAUCAUUGGGGCUUUUUAGCCUGUAUGUAAACACAAUGCAAUCAUACCAAUACAGAUUUUCAACCUAUAUAAAAUAAUGAGGGUGAUGACAGAGUAAGAGGCCAAUAAAAAGCUCAAAUGUACUUGGUAAUUUAGAAUGUUUUAUAUGCUCCUUUUAAGUGUUUAGUUAUACACAAGGGGAGGGAGUGCGAAUGAGACUGCAAGAAUAAGCACGAAUGUACACUAAACAUCAAUCCCCUCCCCCAUUUUACUUCUUUUAUUUCUACAUAUUGCUCCAACUGGAACAAACUUUUGUGUUAUCUUUGAUCAUCUUGUAUUCUGAAUUAAAGUAAGAAUUUUUGUUUCCAUGCUCAAAGAAUAGAGGUUUUUCAUCCUGUUUGGCCAAUCCUAAAUGAUAAUUGAGAGGACAGAAAUUUUUGGGGUAGGAGGAGAUGAAAAACAUUCAGUGUAAACGUCCACCAAUGCAGUAGCAUCUUAAGAUAGCCACAGUGAUAUCAAAAUGAUAUGUGUUAAGUGAAUCUGGCUUCCCCAUUGACUUUGCUUGCCAGAAAGUAGCAAAAGGUGUUCACAUGAUCUGGGGACAUUGCAACCAUCAUAAAUAUGAAACAGUUGCCAAGCAUCCAAAUUUUGGUCACGUGACCAUAAGGACGCUGCAAUGGUCCUGUGAAAAAUGGUCAUAAGUCACUUUUUUCAAUGACGUUAUAACUUUGAACUGUCACUAAAUGAACUGUUGUAUGUUGAGGACUACCUAUAGUGUGUUUGAUUCUGUUGUGCUACAUAUUUAAGUAAGCACUGAAAUAAUUCCAUGGGAAUUAGCCUGACAAAUGUGAAGAGGGUCUUCAUUUACUUGGAGGGAGGUUAUUAAUGAAAUAUUUUUAGUUAUCACCAUUCAAAGAACUCCCAGUCAUCACCGACUUUUAACAUAAGCUUGCAGAGUUCCAGUCUACAGAAAUAAUUCUGGUUUAUCCUGUUAGAAAAAUAGAAAUUAACCUUUUUACUAUAAAAAUAAAUUUUUCCCUGCUUUAACUAUUGUUUCUAGCAGCCUCAACCUUGAAAGGCGAAUUGCAAAGAAAAUUUGGCAGUAUCAGACAAGCCACAGGUUCUCUUCUCUAUGUUAGAUAUGAGCAUUAUUGGGCUAUUUAAGGAUAGCUAAAAUUGCUGGAUGUCUUGCCAAAUUGCUAGCCAUAACAUAUGCAAAAUUAAUCAUCAAGAAUAUAAUUUAUGAACAUAUAUGUUUAAGCCUUUAAUAAUCAUGUCAGAGCUAAUCUCUCCUAAGAUGGUAUUGUAAAUAGCUGCUUUUACCAAGAAAAAAAAAUCCCUAUCCUGCAAGUCUAAUAACAUGUAUGUUAUUAAGCUUGCCAGUACUAUAAAAAUAAUUUAUUUUUCCAGUUCCCUAUCUAAUUGAGAACACAUUUAUUGCUGAUAAUGAAUUUUGCUAGAAGAGAUAUUUUUGCUGAUAUCAUGACUGUGAUAUCCAGGUAGCUGUUUGUGGGACAAUUUGUUUCUUCUGCUCAUAUGCCCUUUAUUUUCAAAGUAAUUUUUUAAUUCAGUAUAGUUUCUGGUCCACUUCAGAUGUUGAACAUCCCAUUUCCUUUUUAAGUCAUUCAUUCAUCUGUGUGAGAGUACACAAGAUCAAAUAAUGACAUGGCCUAUUUGCCUAUUUAUUUUUGCAUUCUCACAUUAUAUUAAGAAGGUAUUUUCCACAACACCUUGCAAAGGCAUCUAUCCACUUUGUAAACUAGGGUCUAGAUUCCACUUAGAUUUACAUUUGAUGAUAUGAAUUUGAUAAGGCCAGAUGAACAAAAAUGAAAUUUAUAUUUUACAGUUGAGUAAAAUAUAGUCACUGCAUAAAACAUGAGCAAGGUGUGUGUGUGUGUGAAAGAGUGUAUUCAGUUCAGUGAACUAGUUCAUUCUUUAUAAUGCUUUGUGACAAUAUUUCUCAGAUUGGCUCUUUGUUGAAGUUUUUAUCACAAAUGUUAUUCAAUGAGUGCUAUUUUUCAGCGAAAUUUCAAUUUCAGUCAAUAGUGGUUUGCAAAGAGCCAAAUAAAAUCUCUCUCCCUCUCUGCUGGAUUGGAAGUUCUUAAUAUCUUAUAAUAAUUAGCUUGUCUUUUGCCCAAUCGUCAAACAUAUUCUAAAUUCUUUAUUCCAAGUGUCAGGAAACUUAAAUCCAAUUUUUAAGAAGCUGGCUUUACUGUUGUCUGAUUUCACACUGAGUAUGACAAUAAACAUCUCCUCCCCAGAAAAGCAAUCCCAUAUUCAGCAAUUAGCAAACAGGGGAAGCUUCAGACUUGACAUAACACAAAAGUCACUUUAAUGCAGAGAUAAGUAGUGCAUAAACAAAAGAUCUGUCUGCUGCUGAAUUCAGCAAUCAAACUCUGUGUGUCAGCCAAGGUUUAAACUACAGGCCUUUUCUUGGUUUUCUUUUCAGGUCAAUGGAUUUUGGGCCAUUCUUUUUCUAGACUACCACUCUGGAGAUACCUGUUUCAUAUUUAUGUAACCCAUGAGGUCUGAAAUUCAUUGGUUCUCAAUUGGCAAGACAUGGAAACAGCUUGCCAUUGACUUUAAUAAUAACGUGGGGUUUUUUUCCAACUUCUUAGUUAAGCCCACAGUCCUAUUAUUUCCUAAAAGACUCCCAUCCAAGUACUAACUAGAUUUGAUGUUACUUAACUCCAGAGCCCAAAGUUACUUUGGUGCUGCAACCUAGCUGUACAGCUAGAUUUCCAAACAUGUUGGUUUUUUUAUAACGACAAUAGGUAAAACUUAAGCUAUAUGUAUUGUGUGUCCAUUCUCUGAAACUUAACAAAUAUUAUACAGUAGUUGGUUCUAUUGGCAUUCCUGCUUUCAGAAAAGGAAAUAACCUGUCUAGUUACUAAUGGUAUUUGCUGCCAAAAGAUGAGAUUUCAUCACCAAUUCAAAUGGCCAUAAAGGUAAAGAUUCUGCUGCUCUCAUACCUUGCUUGUGGGCUUUCCAGAGACACUGAUAUGUCACUGGAAGAACUAUGACAUUUAGUUUUCCUUACAUUGCUUUGGUGAUACCAAUUUGCAAAAUCUAGAGCGCUGAAGACAUGUUGAAAUGUAAUUCCAAUGAUCAUAUGCUUUGGAAAGUAUGGUCUGUCAUAUCUGAGAGACACCAAGGCUGGUCUAUAUUAACAAAUUAAGAGCAAAGUUUUGCUGUACAUAAAGAAGAGAUGCGCAUUCUGUUAAGAACUGGCAAAGAAAUUUUGUCAAGUGUUUUUAGAGUGUUAAUAGCCAUUUCUCUAGCCACUGUGUUUUCCUUUCCCAUCCACUCUACUAAAAACAUUUUGAAUCAUUUUAAAAAAUCUGUUUGAACCCAGCUUUUAGCACAAUUUUAGUUAGCUUACAGACAAAAAAAUGUAUUAAAAACUAAUUGUAAAAAGCUGCCUAAAUAAAAUCAAUUUAUACCUAUACAAAUCAGUUGCCUCAAUAUCUUAAACCUGCUGUCUUACAUGCACAAAGAAUAAGCUAUUGAAUAUAAUGGUGCAUUUUGAAGCAGACAUGCAUGUCAGUAUUCAGAACUCUUUGCUGGCAGAAUUCUGGAUCUGAAGCAGUAGCAGAAGUUGAAUGCCAUGCCAAAUACAUGACUCUCCAUAUUUCUAAUCAUUUAUUCCAGAGCAGACAGAAAUUAAAAGCUUAUAAAAUCUGAAACAAAACAUGCAUGAAAAGUGGAUUGGGAAGGGCAAACUUGCAGUUCCCCAAAAGCUGCUUCAGUUCAACUUUCAACAUCCAUCAUUACUAUGUAGCUGGCCAUCAGAAAGAUCUGGAAGGAUCUUGCUUUUCCAUUACAGUUUAGUCAUUCAAGAGAGGCCAGAGCAG